GAAAGGACUAUCAAUUUCACGGAAACCGAAAAUGACCCGGAAAUCACUGUCGCUGAUCUCAGCGCCAAUUUUCAAAAUAUUUUGAAACAAAAUAAUGGUGAUGGUGCAAAUAAAGUAAUUAGUGAUCGUAUUAUUGACUUGUUAGCCAAAAAUAAUAUUAGUGCUAGUGAUUUUGCUAAAAGCAAAUUGGUGAGUGAAUUGUAUCAUUUGGAAAUUGGUGCUUCGAAAAUUGAGAAUUAUAUUUGUAAGAAGCAAAUUGUAUCGGCUAUCAAUGGGGCGAGGACUGGACAAGUAUGGGCUUUGAAAAUGUACGAUUCAUCGGCGAAGGUUCCAGGGGGGCUCCUGCACGGAUCGCAUUACCAGUUAGGAAAUUACGAUGAAUGUAUGUCGCCCCCUUUGAGACCGGGGCACGCUCCUGCAGGAAUCGCGCCCCAGUAUUGCAUUGCCGAUGUCACCCUAACGGCAUCGAAGGAGAUGGCUAAGAGAUCGGGAUUGUUCCAGAAUGGUGAUGUAACAUUACACUGGGCCAUAUGCAUUCCAUCAUCAUGUACGCCUGUCGACACCGCACAAUUCAUGCAAGGUGUUUUGGGAAGCACUGGCUUCGUUAUACCAGGAGUAAAUAUAUCUUUCCAAGUCGGUGAUCAUAUGUGCCAACAACCGUAUAAAUUGGAUGUUGAUGGCUUAGAUAUAUUUUUCAUAUCUGCUAUUGCAUUAUUCAUUCUAAUAAUCUGUGUUUCUACUGCCUACCAUUUGGUAAAAAUAUGCAGAAAAAAUACAUCUAAAUCUAAGAAAACACUCGCUGAACAAAUACUGAUGUCUUUUUCAUUUGUGGAAAAUAUUAGAAAACUUGGUUCAAAAAGUUCCUCAGACUUAGGACUGGAGUCCUUAAACGGUAUAAAAGCUUUGGCAAUGUUCUUUAUUGUUAGCGGGCACGCUUUACAGUUUUUGGUAACAGGACCAGUAUUAAAUGCAGAUUUUUUCCAAAGGGAAAAAUCAAAGAUCCAAAAUGCUUUUCUACUCAAUAGUCCUUUGCUGGUUGAUACAUUUUUAUUACUUAGUGGAUUUUUAAUGUGUCGUAUUUUAUUGUUGGAAUUAGAAAAACAAAAAGGGCGAAUCAGUUUCUGGGCACUAUACGUAUUCAGAUAUACUAGAUUAACACCAGCUUAUUUAGUAGUGAUUAUGUUAUAUAGCACGUGGUUAGUAGAUUUAAAUGAUGGCCCAUUAUGGGAACAAAUUAUGUAUCAAGAAAGAGAUCGUUGCAGAUCAUCUUGGUGGUCAAAUAUUCUUUAUAUAAACAACUAUGUGAAUACAGAUAAAUUGUGUAUGUUCCAAUCAUGGUACUUAUCUGCUGAUACCCAACUAUUUUUCUUGGCUCCUUUUGUGGUUUAUCCACUUUGGAGGUGGAGACGACUAGGAGAAGUUUUCCUAGGAGCCGUUACUAUGUUAUCAGUUGCCAUACCAAUAGCAGUCACCUAUAUCAAUGAUUUAACACCAACUUUAUUAAUAACAUCAACAAAAUCACCAGAUUUGUCCACACAUGAAUAUUUCAAAACAACUUAUAUAAAAACGCACAUGAGAGCAAGUUCAUAUUGCUUAGGACUGAUAUGUGGAUACAUAUUGCAUAGGAUGCAACAAAACAGUUCCGACACCACCAACAAUGGGACGACAUCUGCAAUAAGACAAAGGACAUUCCCCAAAUGGGUGGUGUGCUGCGGAUGGGCGGUGGGGCUCCUGGCUGGAGCAGGGUCCAUGUUCUCGGUGACCGCGUUUUACCAGCCGGACAGUGUGGCUGAUCCUAUGACCUCGGCGUUGUAUGCAGGGUUGCAUAGGUUCGCCUGGUGCGUUGGCACUGGGUGGCUGAUUAUUGCUUGUGCGACUGGCCAUGGAGGUUUCUUGAACAAAUUGCUAUCAUGGCGAGCUCUUGUUCCUCUUAGUCGAUUAACUUAUUGUGCCUAUUUGAUGAAUGGAUUGAUAGAAUUAUAUGCACUUGCCACUGUGAGAACUGGACGCUAUAUGAGUGUAUACACACUGUUGUCUGACUGCCUCUCGCAUUUAUGCCUCACAUUUUUGGGAGCUCUCAUAUUGUGCGUAAUGUUCGAAUCACCGAUGCACGGUUUGCAAAAAAUUCUCAUAGACAAAUUUAUGAAAUCACCUAAAAAAUCUCAGGAGACAAAUAAUGAAGCGUGAUAUAAAAUUAAUUUAGAUAUAGUACCUACUUAAGCCGC